AACGCACGUAUUUAAUCCAUUUCAGAGAAUACGAGCUCAAUUUACUUAUAGAGUGUUGUUUUUCAAUCUAAAUUAAUUUCUACAGCAACACCAAAUAAUUAGUAUGUUUUGACCACCUCAUUGAUGAUUAAAUAUUGCGCAUACGCAAAGUAGACAGACAGUCGGCGAGUGGUUCGGUGCUGUUUAAUAAUCGCUAAACUCUGAAUUGAUCUCCAUUCGUGUUUUCCUCUCUAAAAACGACGUGCUCAGAACACUUUUAUAUUCAGUUCGAUUGACGACUUUGCCGCAUACGGUCUUCGUUCUCCGUAGUGUUUAGAGGAAAUGAACAGGCUUCUGUUAUUUGUGGUGGCACUUGGCCUAGGAUUAACAUCGGUCGGUUCCAGCUACGACUAUUUUCGACUGCCGACUGCUCUGCGUCCACAGAAGUACGACUUGCGCAUCUUAACGCAUCUGGAAAAUCCCGAUGAUCUUCGCUUUAGCGGCCAUGUAAAAAUCGUAAUUGAAGCUCAGCAGAACACGAAGAACAUAACUCUUCACUCGAAGAAACUUACGAUCAAUGAGACUCAAAUCACUCUGCGACAAAUUAGCGGUGAUCGCAAGUCUAAUAACUGUGUGAACUCCACGGAGUUGAAUACCACCCACGACUUUUAUAUUCUCAGCACCUGUGAAGAGCUCUUAGCUGGCCAAGUCUAUGAGCUGGAUUUGACCUUUUCCGCCAAGUUAACAGACCAACUUGAAGGUUACUAUUUGAGCUCCUACGUGAAUCCCCUGGCAAAUGAGACAAGAUGGAUCUCCAUUACACAUUUUGAACCAGCUUCGGCUCGUUUGGCCUUCCCGUGCUUCGAUGAGCCCGGCUAUAAGGCACCAUUCGUGAUCACAUUGGGAUAUCACAAGAUGUUCACAGGUAUCAGCAAUACGCCCGCCAAGGAAACAAAGCCGCAUGAAUAUCUGGCUGAUUACGUAUGGACCGAGUUCCAAGAGUCAUUGCCAAUGUCCACCUACCUGGUGGCAUUUUCCGUUAACGAUUUCUCCCACAAACCCUCUACUCUGCAAAACAGCACUCUUUUCCGGACUUGGGCACGACCCAAUGCCAUCGAUCAGUGUGACUAUGCCGCAGAGUUUGGACCCAAAGUACUCAAGUACUAUGAGCAGUUGUUUGGCAUUAGGUUCCCGCUUCUAAAGGUCGAUCAAAUCGCUGUGCCCGACUUCAUUGCGAGUGCCAUGGAGAACUGGGGUCUGGUGGUUUACACGGAGAGUGCCCUUCUGUAUUCCGCUAACUACUCCGCGCUGGAGGACAAACAGGAAAUCGCCAAUGUGGUUGCUCAUGAGUUGGCACACCAGUGGUUUGGCAACUUAGUGACUAUGAAGUGGUGGACUGAUCUCUGGCUGAACGAGGGAUUCGCCACUUAUGUGGCCAGCCUGGGCGUGGAAAGCAUUUAUCCGGAGUGGCGCUCAAUAGAGAAGGAUUCACAUUCCAACCUUUUGACGAUUUUUCGAAAGGACUCCCUGUAUAGCAGUCACCCUAUUUCAAGACCCAUUGAAAUGGUUUCGCAGAUUUCUGAAAGCUUCGAUGAGAUAUCAUACGAGAAAGGCUCCUCAGUGCUGCGCAUGAUGCACUUGUUCCUGGGAGACGAUUCAUUCCGCUCUGGCCUGAAAUCGUACCUAGAAAUGUAUGCUUAUAAGAACGCCGAACAGGAUAAUCUUUGGGAGUCACUUACGCAAGCUGCCCACAAAAAUAAUGCUUUGCCCAAGAACUACGACAUCAAGAUUAUAAUGGACUCGUGGACUCUGCAAACCGGCUAUCCUGUGAUCAAUGUGACCCGUGACUAUGAGGCAAAGACAGCGAAACUCAGCCAAAAGCGCUACCUCCUGAAUACCAAUAUAUCCAGAGCUGACCUCGGUGAGUGUUGGUGGGUUCCACUGAGCUAUACCAACCAGGCGGAAAAGGACUUUAACAACACAAGCCCGAAGGCGUGGAUGGAGUGCGGAGACAAUGGGGAAAGCCUGCCCAAGACUAUUCAUGGCCUUCCAGGACCCGAUCAGUGGGUAAUCUUCAACAACCAGCUGUCAUCACCGUAUAAGGUCAACUACGAUGCCCAGAACUGGAAACUUCUCAUUCAGACUCUGAAUAGUGAAGAGUUCCAGACCAUUCACGUGGUCAAUAGGGCUCAACUUUUAGACGAUGUCAUGUUCUUCGCAUGGACUGGAGAUCAGAACUACCACGUUGCACUGCAAAUGAUGAACUAUUUGCAGAGAGAGCGGGAGCUUCUGCCUUGGAGGUCAGCCCUAGAGCAUCUACAGAUUCUAAGUGUCAUUUAUCGUCAGACUUCGAACUUUAAGUUCUUUAAGACCUUGAUAGCAAAGCUGAUCACCCCAGUAUAUGAGCAACUGAGGGGCAUCAAUAAUACAGAUUGCCAAAACCAAAAGCAGGAUGAUAUUCUCCUAAAGACGACAGUGGCAAACUGGGCUUGCUGGUUUGAGGUUUCCGACUGUGUACCCCAGGCCUUGGCAUACUUCCGCAACUGGCGAUCUGUGGCUAAUCCCGAUGAGGACAACCCAGUUCCCCUUGGCGUUCGUAGCAUUGUGUACAGCACUUCCAUUGAACAUGGCAGCGAUGAGGACUGGGAGUUUCUGUGGGCGCGGUACCUGAAGUCGAAUGUGGCGGCCGAAAAGCAGACCAUUAUGGAUGCUCUGGCCUGUUCGCAGGAGGUGUGGGUGCUGCAGCGUUAUCUGGAGAAGAUAUUCGACUCUAAAGGAGACAUUCGAAAGCAGGAUUCGGCUUCUGUUUUCCAGUCAAUUGCCUCCAAUCCGGUAGGCUUUCUACUGGCCAAGAAGUACCUUAUGGACAACGUGGACUUCAUCUCCAAAUUCUAUCAUCCCCAGGUUGAGACUAUGUCUGAACUUCUACCGCCGCUUUCCGAUCAAGUCUUUUCCCGGAAAGACUACAAUGAGUUUAAGAGCUUUAUCGCCAAUUCACAGGAACAGUUUAAGAAUAUGGAUCAGGCAAUCCAUCAGAACUUGGAAAUAAUGCUGACCAAUGUGCAAUGGAAGGAGCGAAACUAUGACCAGUUCACCAGUGCUCUUCAGCAAGUUCUGUAGAUUUUCUAGUCUACCUAUUGGUCAGAGUCUUACAAAAGAGUAUCUUUUAGUAUUUAUGGAUUACAAAACUUAAUAGUUCGAAUAAAAUACAUAUCAACGUAAAUGUAAAAAAUAAUUACAUACUUAUCGUAGC